CCAGUCAGAGAGCGCCCGUCUGGCCGACCCUAGACGUGCCACCGCUGAGUCUCCUCCGCUGGAGGGGCUGAACUGCACAGGAGACAGGACUGGGAAGGGCACAACCCAAUUCUGAGCAUCGUCCACCUGAGCUGCUCCAAGACAGACGCACACACGCACACACGCACACAAACAGAACAACUGGGCUGCUGUGCCCUCUGCCCACUAGCCAACAAAAUAAGAAAAAGGCACUAUGUUGACCACACGCAGAGCUGUCUUCCUCUUCCUGCACAUCUUCCUCCAGUCCUGGUCAGGCUUUGGAACCCAGGCUACACCUCAAGUCUUCGAUCUCCUUUCAUCUUCAAACCAAAAACUGGUUACGAGUUUCCUGAAACCAAUCCUAAUGGAUCCCACCCUGAAUGAGGUCUACGUGAUUUCAACCUUUAAACUGCAGACAAAAAGUUCUGCCACCAUAUUUGGUCUUUACUCUUCCUCAGAUAACAGCAAGUAUUUUGAAUUUACAGUGAUGGGACGCUUAAACAAAGCCAUCCUCCGUUACCUAAAGGCUGAUGGGAAGAUACAUCUGGUGGUCUUCAAUAACCUCCAGCUGACUGACGGCAAGCGCCACAGGAUGCUCCUUCGCCUGAGCAAUUUUCAGCGAGGGUCCAGCUCUGUGGAGCUCUAUCUCGACUGUAACCAGGUGGACACCAUCCAGGAUCUCCCCAGGGCAUUCUCUGGGCUCUCCCACAGUUCUGAGCCUGUUGAACUGAGGACAUUCCAGAGGAAGGCACAGGAUACCUUGGAAGAACUAAAGCUGGUUGUGAGAGGCUCGCUGUUCCAGGUCGCCAGCCUCCAAGAAUGUUUCCUGCAGCAGAGUGACCACGUGCCCUCAUCAAGCACAACAGGAGACAUAAAUUGGCAAGUCCUGGGCCAGAUGACACAACUCAACAAAAUACUGGGAGAAGUAAAAGACCUCCUGAGACAGCAGGUCAAAGAAACCUCUUUUUUGCGAAACACCAUCGCUGAGUGUCAGGCUUGUGGCCCCCUCAGCUUCCAGUCUCCAACUCCAAACACCCUUCCGACUCCAGCAGCCCUGGUCCGACGGUGUGACUCCAAUCCCUGUUUCCGAGGAGUCAGAUGUACUGACACCAGAGAUGGAUUUCAGUGUGGUCCCUGCCCAGAAGGAUAUACAGGAAAUGGGAUUACCUGCUCUGAUAUUGAUGAGUGCACCUACCACCCCUGCUUCCGUGGAGUACGCUGUGUGAAUUUGACUCCAGGUUUCAGAUGUGAUUCCUGCCCAGUUGGCUUCACAGGACCAAUGGUGCAGGGGGUAGGGAUCACUUUUGCUAAGACACAUAAACAGAUCUGCUCUGAUAUUGAUGAAUGUAGAAAUGGAGCCUGUGUCCCCAAUUCUAUUUGUAUUAACACUGUGGGAUCUUAUCAGUGUGGCCCGUGUAAAUCUGGGUUCACUGGAGAUCAGAUCAGGGGAUGCAAAACAGACCGAAACUGCAGAAACCCAGAACUGAAUCCGUGCAGUGUGAAUGCCCAGUGUAUUGAGGAGAGGCAAGGAGAUGUGACCUGUGUGUGUGGUGUUGGUUGGGCUGGCGAUGGAUUCAUCUGUGGAAAGGAUGUUGACAUUGAUAGUUACCCUGACGAGGAACUGCCAUGCUCUGGAAGGAAUUGCAAAAAGGAUAAUUGUAAAUAUGUGCCAAACUCUGGUCAAGAGGAUGCAGAUAGAGAUGGCAUUGGAGAUGCUUGUGAUGAAGAUGCUGAUGGGGAUGGGAUCAACAAUGAACAGGAUAACUGUGUCCUGACCCACAACAUUGACCAGAGAAACAGUGACCAAGAUAUCUUUGGAGAUGCUUGUGAUAACUGUCGAACUGUCAUAAAUAAUGACCAGAAAGACACUGAUGGGGAUGGAAAAGGAGACGCCUGUGAUGAUGACAUGGAUGGAGAUGGAAUUAAGAACAUUUUGGACAACUGUCAAAAGGUUCCCAACCGGGACCAAAGGGACAGAGAUAACGAUGGCGUCGGGGAUGCCUGUGACAGCUGUCCUGAUGUCAGCAACCCUAACCAGUCUGAUGUGGAUAAUGACCUGGUUGGGGACUCCUGUGACACCAAUCAGGACAGUGAUGGAGACGGACACCAGGACAGCACCGACAACUGCCCCACCGUCAUUAACAGCUCCCAGCUGGACACAGAUAAGGACGGACUGGGAGAUGAAUGUGAUGAUGAUGAUGACAACGAUGGAAUCCCAGACCUUGUCCCUCCGGGCCCUGACAACUGCAGACUAGUCCCAAACCCAGCGCAGGAAGAUCUCAAUAGUGACGGUGUGGGGGAUAUCUGUGAAACAGACUUUGACCAAGACCAGGUCAUUGAUCGGAUUGAUGUCUGCCCUGAGAAUGCUGAGGUCACCCUGACAGAUUUCAGAGCCUACCAGACUGUUGUCCUGGACCCUGAAGGCGAUGCCCAGAUUGAUCCUAAUUGGGUGGUUCUGAACCAGGGCAUGGAAAUUGUGCAGACAAUGAACAGUGAUCCUGGCCUAGCGGUUGGGUAUACAGCUUUCAAUGGUGUUGACUUCGAAGGCACUUUCCAUGUGAAUACCCAGACGGAUGAUGACUAUGCUGGCUUUAUCUUUGGUUACCAAGAUAGCUCCAGUUUCUACGUAGUCAUGUGGAAGCAGACAGAACAGACCUAUUGGCAAGCCACGCCAUUCCGGGCUGUUGCAGAGCCAGGCAUUCAGCUCAAGGCCGUCAAGUCAAAGACAGGACCAGGGGAACACCUCAGGAACUCCCUGUGGCAUACUGGGGACACCAGUGACCAGGUGAGGCUGCUGUGGAAAGACUCCAGGAAUGUCGGCUGGAAAGACAAGGUGUCUUACAGAUGGUUCCUGCAGCACCGGCCCCAGGUUGGAUACAUCAGGGUACGCUUCUUUGAGGGCUCUGAGCUGGUGGCUGACUCAGGGGUGACUAUCGACACCACCAUGCGUGGCGGCAGGUUGGGAGUCUUCUGUUUCUCUCAAGAGAACAUCAUCUGGUCCAACCUCAAAUACCGAUGCAAUGAUACCAUCCCUGAGGACUUUCAAGAAUUUCAGACUCAGAAUUUUGAUCGCAUAGAUAAUUGAGCAAGAAGAAACAAACCACAAUUUCUUUUCUAAAGAUUAAAGCAAUAUAUUUUUAAACCUUACAUAUCUCGGUACCUGCCAUGGCUUUUUCUCAACACUGCAAAUAUGUCAAGAUUUCUCUUACAAAUGUGAUAAUAAAAAGGAGA